AUGUUUCACUUUUAUGAUAUCAUUAUCCUCACAGAAACCUGGCUGACUCCUGACAUAAGUGACAGUGAACUUGGUUUCUCUGGCUUUCAAGUAAUAAGACUUGAUAGAAACCAUAAUAACAGCACUUCUACCCGAGGUGGCGGAGUUCUAAUUGCUAUCAAGAAUACCCGUUCCUUUCAACCUAUUUCACUAACCGUAUCUAAUGUUGAACAAGUAUUUGUAUUAUUGUCCCUAAACUCUGGCCACUUAUUGGUAGGAGGUGUAUACUUACCCCCUCGAUCACCCCUUUCUGUAGUUGAAUCCCAUACCACUUCUGUUGAACACAUCAUUUCCUCUUAUAAACCAAAUUCCCUAGUCAUAUGUGGUGAUUUCAAUCUCCCUAAUAUCAACUAG